AUGAGAUGUCGUGAACAUUUGGUAAAUCAUAUGAGAUGUCAUACUGGUGAACGUCCAUUUGUAUGCACAGAAUGCGGCAAAAGUUUUCCAUUGAAGGGUAACUUACUUUUUCACAUGCGUUCGCACAAUAAAGGAAGUAACGCUGAAAGACCGUUCCGUUGUGACUUAUGCCCUAAAGAUUUCAUGUGUAAGGGACACUUAGUAUCUCACAGGCGUUCACAUUCAGACGAAAGACCGCAUAGUUGUCCAGAUUGUGGAAAAACAUUUGUCGAAAAAGGUAAUAUGUUGAGACAUUUGAGAAAGCAUGCGGCAGAAGGACCACCGACACAAGUGAGCACUCCAUCAGCCAUUCCUCAGUCUGGUGUGUUACCAAUACCAGCGGCAGCUGUUUUAGUCGGCCAUCCUCUGGCACCGCCAGCGCCACCAGUAGUACCACAACAUACUGUUGUUGUGCCUACACCUCCUGGUGUGUUGACUUCCUAUUAA